AUGGAGCUUCUCAAUGUUCCGAAGGAGCUCUUCAAGCACAUCGUGCUCGAGCUUCUCGUGGAUGUUGGGUCAAAAGGAGACGAGCGCGAGGAGUUCGUGGAGUCCUUGUGUCAGAUGGUCACGCGCAACAAUUCUUACCACAAAGUCGCCUCACUAUUGCGGAGAAGCUUGAGGCAGCAGCUGGAGUCGACAGCAUCGCCCUUGUCAAGCGGCUCCGUAAUAGACUUCUACAAUCAAGGCGACAUGGGAUCGUGCUGCAUCAGAGUGGCUAGCCAUACCAGCAGCUGGUUCGAUGGUCGGAACUCACCCGAACUAGAGAUUGUAUUCGAUAGGUCAUUGGCAGUUGCCAUGCUAUACUGCAGGACAACCGCCAUGGCAGAUCUGAUCCUCCGCAUGUCUAAGCUAGAUAGCCAGCUACACGUGUGGAAGCGGAUAGACCGCUUCAACCCUUGGGUCCUGAAUGCCGUGAAGUCUGGGAUAGUCGCACACUUUCGCUUCAUCCUGAACCACCAUUGCCAGGAACUGAAUCGCGAGAACCCUGUCCCGACCUGGUUUUGGGAUGCCCUCUGUCUGGCCUGUCGCAUGAAUAGUGCUGCGAUCGUUGCCGAGCUCCUGGAACACAUGAAGUCGAACGAGAUGAUCGCUUCUGAACCCCACCAGAAGGAAGAGACCGCGCUGAACACCGCUAUCCGAUAUGGAGGCGCAAAGUCUGUGGUCGCUGUUCUAUCAGCCGGGGCGAAGGUGGACGGAGUGCGUUUAAAGGCCCGGAUGGCAUGUCCAGAUCGAAACAGCGUCAUGGGUACGACGAUGGCCAAAGCUUUACGGGUAAACUGGUCAUGGCGCCUUUCAACACUGCCCUUCACCGAUGACGCCUUACCUGUUGACGCGGAAGGCUCAUCGAUUUGUUUCUUGGCUCGACCAAAGCGAGCAUUCUCUGGUGGAUUCGCUUGGCAGUCAAGCAAAAGGGGAUGUUGGGAGAUUAACAGAUCGAACGUCUUCUUGAUGCGUCUCCAAGCAUUGGGACUGUGUUAUGUACUCUUCAUAACUUGGAUGAUUCUGGACAGAGGGUACGGCUGCUCCCUUGCACACUCGUGUAGGAAGAUUGUUGGCGUGAUCAUGUCGGUGCUUGUGAGUCGGACUGAAGAUCGGACUACUCGUGUCACCAGUGCUAGUUUAGCGGGGUGA